GUAGUCUUUGGACCGUAACCACCAGUAGAUGAGGUAUCGUCAAUUCUUCGUCUAAGACCGUCAGCAACGUAUUUGUUAUCUUCGUGUUCGAGCACCCAUAUAGUUACUAUCAACCACUGUUCACUAUUAAUGGAAUCUUAUUCUAUGAACUCUCCGUCGAGCUCGUCGACAAUUGCGUCGCUUCCAUUCGGGAUGGGAGAGCCUUUCGACACGGCUUCAGACUCAUCCAAUCCAAGCUCGCCCACUAUGAUGUACCAUGGUGGCCUACAUGGGACAUAUGACAUGAUGUCUCUCAAUCAUGUGCAGUCUGCAGUGUUUGCUCCGGCAAAUCCAAAGAUCCCAGUCCAGUAUGCCGGACAAACCACAUCGCAUGAGCGAGAUCGCAGAAAAAAGGCCAGUCCGUCAGAAAAGCCCGAAAUGAUCACCAACAUGCAUCUACAGCGGCGUCGCGCACAAAACCGUGCUUCGCAGCGAGCAUUCCGCGAACGCAAAGAGAAACAUGUCAAAGGUCUCGAGAACCAAUUGCGGGAUCUACAUGAGAAACAUCAGGCCCUUAUUCACUCGUAUUCGCGGCAGGCAGACGAGGUUCGACGACUGAACGAGAGGAUCAAGUCGCUCCUCGUAGAACUUGAUAUAUUGCGGACCAACGAGACGUCUCUCAGCGAGUCGUUGUUUCCCGAUAAAUUCGACGUUGUUUCUUACCCCCAGGCUCUAUACGCGGCGCCAGAACCAUAUUACGACAUGAAGCUCAAUGCGACAAACUUGAGAUUUGGCUACCCCGCCGAGUCACUAUGAGUGACGAACUUCAAUGGUCACUUCCUUUCCUCUUUUCACGGAUUUGUUCAGUA